GGCUUUCAGCUAUCUUACAUUCUUAAUUUGAAGUAGUUUGAGUCUAGAGAGGAAAGAUGUUUUUAAUUACUUUUACUGUGAUAAUAGUCACUUAACAAAUUAGAAUUAUUUCUUAUUCUGGACAAGUCAUUAAUUGCAUAGGUAUAUGUAGAUCCUAGUGUUCAAUCUUUUACCAUAUUUGCUGAGUGUUUAGCUUUCAUAUUUUUGGAAUGAGAGUGCCUGUCUCAAGCUUAAAAAAUGUCAUAUGGUCAGUACGUAAGUUCAGUUGGCUACUAUAGCUCUGAGUAUGGCUUGGGAAACUCAUCACCUCAACUCUACUGUGCCAGCAAUCUCAUUGGGAAACCAUCUUGUUACCCAGCUUCUGGAGAUGAUCCUCGAGUCUACUCUCUGUGUGAAUUUGGAGAAUGGUGGUCAACAUGUCCCUCUGCCCUGCCCACACUGCCUUUGAGACGUCCGCCUCGCAUACCAGCUCUUGCAUUCAUUGACUUGAAGUUUGCCGAAGCUGUUGUUCCUGAGCAAGUGGAUAUAUUUGAAACAUGUGAGAGCGGGACAGUGGUCAGGAUUUGGGCCUGGGAAGCCACUACUGCUGAUAGCCAUGAUUCGGCCUGCAGCAGUGGCCGCUGGUUGCUGCUCUAUGAUGGCCAGCCAUGUGUCUUGAGUGCUGCCACUGCUCGAAAGUUCUCGCCUCCUCUCCGCUCCAUUGAUGUUCCAGUGACCACUUUGCGCCUUGAGCUGAACUACACACUGAGCAAGCACUACCCAUGCAUCGAUGCCAUCCUACUGACUGGCUCAAGCAAACCUCCUGCUGAUUUGAAGCAUUUUCAACAUUUUCCAUCACAAAUUUUUGCUGCCAACUGUACGAGUGUAUCCCCCAACUCCAACCACUCUUCUGACCAUGUCUGUGAUGGCUCUCUUGAUGGUUCGGGCGCCAUGCAGACUCACGAAUCUCUCGACAAUCUGACAUCUAGUCUCCCAGUUUCUGGUUUAAUUAAUUGCGAGGAUAAUGAAUCUCGGGACCAACUUAGGAUCAAUGAAAGAACCUGCAGUUCAGCUACUGUAGAUUUUGUACCCAACUCUAACACUGUGGAAGAUCUGGCAAACCUGAACAUAUGCAACAAAGUUGUCAUGCAUGGACUACAAAAUCAACUAAGGGUGCUGGAUGACAUUCUACUUGAUGGUCCCAGGCACAUCGCGUCUUGCUCAAUUGAGAAUCUUGUUCAAUUUUUUGGUGGCAGUUCUGCUCCUUCUGAUCCUGUAGCUUCCGAAGAAAAAGAAAAUAGCUGCUCUCAACUGCCUUCUUUUGCCCAUGAGGUUGAAAAUUUGACGCCUACAAGUAACAUUGCUAAUGCAACUGGAACCGAAGUACAGAAAGAUUAUAAUUUGAAGGAAUAUCAUCAGCAAGCUGUCCUCAACUCAGGGUCUUGUGAGCCUCCUGAGCAAGAUGUUGAUUUCUUCCAAAUGCUCCCCCCUGAAGUCAUGCUGCGCGUGCUGUCACUGCUGGACCUGCGCAGUCUGUGCCGCAUUGCCCAGAGCUGCUGUGCUCUGCGCCAGCUGGCCUACCACCCUCAGCUCUACACGCACCUCUCACUCAAGGACUGGUGGUCAGUGGUGAAUGACAGAGCCCUGACGUCACUGCUGACGCGUUUGACGAGGACCAAUAAUCGUCUGCAGAGCUCCUCAUCAGUCGAGUCUGGCAACUGCAUCAGUGACCACAACAAUCUGCGCUCUGGCUCCACCGAAGAAAUAAAUAACCCUAACAAUGAUGCUGAUGUAUCCUGUCCUAAUAGGAUAACUUCAAACAACUCAUCUUUGUCAAACCACGAAUCUCCUUUGUUCAUGUCUUUGGAUGAAGACUUGAACACUUCAUUUGAGGGCCAUUUAUCUUGCAUAUAUGGAACAUUGCAGUCGCUUGACUUAUCCUGGUGCGGUCUUUAUGGUGGUGUAAGCUGCCCCACAUUCUUGGACUUUAUUCACAAAUGUGGCCCCAAACUACGCAUUCUUAGACUCAGCUGCUGUGACUUCGUUGACAGCUAUUGUCUUUAUAUGAUCGCAAAUGUGUGUCAGCAUUUGACAGAGCUAGACAUCUCGCGCUGCUAUCAGCUGGACUUCCUGGGCCUGGGCGAGCUGAAGAAGCUGAGUCAGCUGACGCGUCUGGACGUGAGCUACACAAGCCUCAGGACAGACACGGCGCACGUGUUGCUGCAGCACCUGCCUCACCUGCGCCACCUCAGCAUCAGGGGCUGUCAGGACCUGCGGAUGGACGAGGUGUGCGUGUCGCUGUCCCUGUUCUGCCCGGCGCUGGAGUCGCUAGUCGCCUGGAAAACGAAGGGCGUCACGCACCGCGGCUUGCGUGCCCUCGCCGAGCUUCCCUGCCUGCGCGAUUUGGACCUCGGCUGGGCCUUCGCCAACGCCAACGGCCUCGCCGGCAGCGUGACGGAGCUGACGCAGCGAUGUCAGCAGCUGUGCCGCCUGCGUCUUACCGCCUGUCGUUACCUCAGCGACGCCGACGUCAGCAGCAUCGCCAGCUCCUGCCCGCGCCUCGAGCAGCUCGACCUGACGGGCAACGCCAACAUAAGCGCUGACGCUGUCGAGAGUGUACUGCAGAGCUGCCGGCGUCUACGGCUGCUGGAGGUGAGCUACUGCGCUAUGAUCCCUCGCCCCGUGACGGACGCUUGGCGACGCCGCUACCCGGCCGUCCUCAUCGUCGCCGCCUGCGACGCUCACCACGCCGCCUUCGUCUGAACACCUCGCCGCCUUCGUCUGAACACCUCGCCGCCUUCGUCUGAACACCACGCCGCCUUCGUCUGAACAUAGCCACAUUACAUAGCCGCCUAAUUCCUAGAAAUUCCUAAAUUCGUAAUUCCUAGGAAUUUCCUAGGUGCCUAAUUCCUAAUUCACCACGCCGCCUUCGUCUGAACAUAGCCACAUUACAUGGCUGCCUAAUUCCUUAGCAAUUUUUCCUAAUUCCUAAAUUCGUAAUUCCUAGGAAUUUCCUAGCUGCCUAAUUCCUAAUUCACCACGCCGCCUUCGUCUGAACACAGCCACAUUACAUAGUUGCCUAUUGCCUUCAGAUUAUGUGUGUUUGGAAAAUCGCGCUGUAAAGAGACGAAAACACUAUAAUAUCUUAUUGUUCAAAUUGUACUGAACACCGCUUGUACGUAGACUUUGUGAUUGUUUUCAGUAGAACUAAAGUAACUUUGCUGUAAGAGAUCCUAUUACCGGGCCCAGUCUUGAAUGUAGUUAUUAGCGCUUUUUGUUGCGCUUUCCCGCCUAAUGCGGUGUUGUUAUUAUAAGCAGUUGAAGCAUCCCUGUCGUACCUGAUAACUAUUGUGAUAUUAGGCUAGAAUAUCCCGCUUUUUUAUACUUACUUUGUACACAGCUUUACUUUUACCUAUUUUAGAAAUCUGCGUAGAUAUUUUUUUGCAAUUGUUGUCUUCAUGUUGCAUUGCUAGGUCAUUAUCAAGGAUAUACUAGUGUUGUUUUCCGUUGUUCUUGUUAGUAUUCUGAUUUUCACGACAAUACUCGUUUAUUCAACCUUAUGAUGUAUUUUUCUUCGUCUUUCAAGCGCUUCUAUUGUAGUUCUGUAUAAUUUGAAUUUUGAAAGUCUCGGAUCGUGUAGUUCGUAAUUAAUUCGUAUUGUUUUGAGUUACAAGUUGAAUGUAUUUAUGCUGGUGUUACUAUUCCUGAACCGUCGUAACAACCCAAGCUAGUAUCUAAACCAAUCAACCAUCAUCAUAAAUGUUCUUUUUAUUGUAGCAGUGGAAGGGAUGUUCGUAAUUCGUUUGAUAUUCAAGAUAUUGUUCAUAAUUUAAUGAUGCAAUGUGAGUUGAAAAUCCCCUAGCAGUUUUUGAUCCAUGUAUGUCGGUAUUAUUGUGCAUUCGUUAAUUUUCUUCAUAAGAAUCACUAUAACCAACGCAAUUCACCUCUUGAGACUCGUUAUAGAAAUAUUACUAGUCAAGAAACGAGUAAAGUUGUUCAUUUGGCUCUGAGAUCUGCACGAUUUCACCCCAUACCUACUCUUAAAAUUCGAAUAAAGUGUUUUGAGGGUCGCA